CAAUAUACAACAGAGGUUACUGCAGCAUGUUAUCACCGACUUCACAAUUACUAUCCGGUUUGGGCACUCUAUAAGUUGGCAGCAAACGAUGUCAAACUGGGAGCAGGAAGAUUAACGGAGAGUUCUGUAGAUCCCGACACAGCAACCGGAUGCUGUUGGGCUUAAUACAUACUUUGAGCCUAUUCGAGGAACAGCAUACCACAAAGCUUUCAGGAGACGCAGUCUUAGGAAACAAAGGUGAAUCAAACUUGUAGCCGCUCUGCCCUACCACUUUGCCUACCACGCAGUUACUGCGGAAGAAGUGCUCAGCGCAGAAAAGAACAAAGCCGGAAAAGGGCCGAAAUGAUUCGUGGGCCUGUGCGGGGCACGAGUGCUUCCUUCGCAGCUUGUGAUCCCAUUGGAUAUGUGAAGGCGUCACGUGGCCGCGCACCGCAGAUCGUCGUUGUAUGUGUGGUGGUGGCUCUCUUCGUCGGCUUCGUAGGACAGUUCCAUACCACGGAGGAGGACAAGGGGCUCGUCGGAACUUUGAACCGCAAGUUGUGGCGUACUGGUUCUCGUCUCGCGAUUCCGCUGUGGUAGUGGCGAAACAGCGGCAGCCGGAUUUCCUCUGAUGCUGCUUUGUAGGCGUCUGGCAGCACAAGUCGCUAUUCCUGAUCUUGUCUUCGGCCUUCGAAGUUGUGUCGGUGAAGCAGUCUGAGCUCAGAGAUAUUUCUUGAUACCGGUACCGGGGGAUAUAUAGGUACAGGGUGGAGGAUUUCUCGUAUCCUCGUAACGCGGGGAGGGAAUUUUGCACUCGAGGUUUAGGGGAAUUUUGAAGACCACUGCUGGUGCAAGAAUUCGCCUCUAAACGGGCCAAGGAGGCCUGCGGAGAGUCGGGACGAAAGACAGCAUAGCUGCGCUUGUAGCGCAUGUUUUUCUUGUUCUUGCUGGACAUAAGAGUUCGAAGUCGUAUAUCGGCUGGGAAGAGUCUAUUUAGUUCAAGGAGACUCCCGCGUUCAAAGACAGAGGAGGAUUGGUUGGAUCUUGUGUAGCGAUUUUUCUGUAUGAUUGACAGCGAGGUUGUGGUUUAGUGGGUGGAAUGAUUAAGGAGGCUUCUUUCUGUCCUUCUAGUUCUUGUAGGCCUUCUCUCCACGCAAGGAAGACUUCUGUUCCUGGUUCCCUGAGAUUCUGGAUGAGAACACUUUCUGGGUCAAGGGCCCUAAGUAACUUGGCUGCCUAUGAAAUCAGCCAUUCUCAAGCUUCUAAUAAUGUUAGUCUUUGCUCUGUAAAUGGUUUGCCGUCUGAGAGAUAUCCUCCCCUUAAAUACAAAUUCCCCCCAAAUUUGCUAUGUUACGCUCAAUUUCCAAGGUCUAAUUUGAAGCAAAGUAGAAGUAGAGGGAGUACAAGGAGUAGGCUCGUGAAAGUAGAAGUGGCAGGUCUGGACUUUAAUUCUUUUUCUGAGCGGGAACAGCCAGUUUAUCUGCCCGAAGGUCCUUCUUGUAUAUAUGUCGGGCCACUGGAGAAAGCAGAGAAAACUCGACUUGAAGCCCUGUACCAGCAGGCGCGAGAUUCGUACUAUAGCGGGUCGCCUCUAAUAGUAGAUGACAUGUUUGACAGGGUUGAGACAAUGCUGCGGUGGCAUGGCUCAAAACUUGUUAUGAAAUAUCCGCGAUGCAGUUUGAAACGAUUCUCCGCCUACUCUGAUGCCGAGAUAGAUUCAUCCCAAAUGUGGGCUUUGGCUAGCAUCUGGGGCCUCAUCUUCGCGAGUGGUAUCGUUACUGCUGCCGGACCUUCUGUCUGUGCUUUUAACAAAGCCUGUCAAAAGUCUGUACAUCUGCGAUUCGAAUCUCAUGGAGUCUCAGCGGCCACAGAAACUGUGAUGUAUAUGAACGGCCUUCUUGCCAUAAGCAUGGGUUUAGCGAUCGGCAUCCCGAUUACAGUGGCCGCAGCAAGAUCUUUGCAAGGUCUUUGGAGAGGUGAUCUAGUUGCUAUGAAGGGCUGCUGCCCGAGUUGCGGUGAAGAGGUUUAUGCUUUCGUGCGUGCUGACCAGUCUGGACAACCUCAACAUAAGACGGAGUGUCAUGUGUGUGAACACCCCCUAAUGUUUCGAGCUAACGUUGAGCGUUCUUCUAGCAAUCCGAAUCAACUGUGGGCGUAUGGGCGAGUUUAUCUUUCUACACAGUCUAAGGACUUGAUACCAGAUAGACAUAAGGUCUGAAUGUUGGGAUGUUAGCCCAAUGUAUAUAUCUACCACUUUAUUCAUUUUUUCACCUUGAAAUAAAGUAAUGUGAUUCUGAUUUCUGCACUG